AUGAAUUUAUUUUCUUCUAUUAAUGAUGUUCUUGAGUAUGUUGGGGAGAAUGGUUAUGAGGAUGCACAUAGGGCUGAAGCUUUGGAUGUGCAAGAAAUUCUAAAUCAUUUUGAGUUUAUCUUUGUGUUACAUCUUAUGAGUAAACUCUUGGGAAUCACACAUGAUCUCUCUCAAGUUCUACAAAAGAAGGAUCAAGACAUUGUUAAUGCUAUGAAUCUUGUCAAAGUAGCAAAAACACGUUUACAAGUAAUGAGGAAAAAAGGUUGGAAGGUGUUGCUUACUGAAGUUACAAAGUUUUGUAAAACAAAUGAGAUUGAUGUGCUUGAUAUGGAAGAUGAGUGUGUAGUUAGAGGAAGAGGAAGGCGUAAAAUUGAGAAAAUAAAAAAUCUCCACCAUUAUCGAGUUGAGUUAUUUUAUUCAGUCAUUGAUAUGCAAACUCAAGAGUUGAAUCACCGUUUUAAUGAAGUCAACACAGAUUUACUUCUGUGUAUGACAUGUUUUGAUCAUAGAGACUCAUUUUCUACAUUUGAUUCAGAGAAGCUGCUUCGUCUUGCCAAGUAUUAUCCAUCUGAAUUUUCUGAAGUUACUUUGUAUGAGCUUGAAAGUCAGCUUGAUAACUUUAUUUUUGAUGUGCGCACAGAUGAAAGGUUUUCAAAAGUAUCGGGAAUUACAGGUCUUGCUCAGAAUAUGGUUUCUACAAGGAAACAUGAGAAUUUUCCGUUGGUUUAUUUGUUAAUUAAGUUGUCAUUGCUCUUACCCGUUGCCACUGCUUCAGUAGAAAGAGCUUUUUCAGCAAUGAAGCUCGUUAAGACUUCUCUGCGGAAUCGUAUGGGAGACCAGCUAUUGAAUGAUUGCUUAGUUCCUUAUAUUGAGAAGGAUGUGUUUGUUAAUGUAACUAAUGAAGCUAUUAUGCAGCGGUUUCAGAAGAUGAAAAGUAGAAGAGGAGUGUUAUAA